UGCAUCGUUCAUAUUUCCAUUGCGGUUAGUUCUAUCACACACAGAAUGAUGGCUGCCGCGACAAUAUCAGCAAGGGAGAAGUAAAAGAAAACACUCUUAAGAGCUUGAUUAAGUCUGGACACCAUGAACACAAGCAAUCCCAGACCUGGCCUGGUUUCCCAAGAUCACGGUGGUCUGUGGAUGAAAAUGGACUGCGGUCUGGAGGCAGACCACGGAGAGACCCCAUCACUGACCUCUAGUGAGAGUCCCCAAGACAAAAUCACAGUCAAACCCCCUGCCCAAGCAGAGACCACCAGGCACUGCUGUGUGACGGAUGCUGAGGGUGCAGAUGACGUCUUUAACUCACUACAUCCUCCUCCCCCUUUGUCCUCUAUUGCCCCAGCAGAGGGCAGCACAGAUGCAAGGGCCAAUAAUUCCAGUGUGACCCAUUCUAAUGUGGCAGACGCCACAGAGGCUAAAGCUAAUCCCAGCAGCUUAGGCUGGCAUCAUGAUGAGAAUCAGUUCCAAGCAGCACAGAACGAGGUAAAUGAAGUGAUAGCAAAUACAGCCCAGAGUUCUAAGGAGUCCAUGGACGUCAAGGACAAGGACCCCACUCCACCAACAGAUGAGGACACAGGCUCUCUGAUGGCAACAUGCCAUGAUCCAUCAGGAAAGCAUCAUCAGGGUAAUGCUUCAAGAGACAAAGAAUCAACUGAAGAAUCUGGGAACAUUGAACUGGGACAAGAAACUGAGGAGACGAGAGGCAAAUAUCCAAAAGACGUACCCAAUUCUGAGGAUAUUUGUGGUCAUAUUGAGACAGAGGUCUGCAAACAAAACCAGGCGGACUCAGCAACCUUUCAGCCACAGGACCCAAAGACUCCUACAGAGGUGACCAGUGAAGAUGAAGAGCAUGUUGACAUCGUAUAUUUAAACUAUAACCUGACAAAGAGUGACUGGGUAAGGAGAGAGAGCAGCACCAGUGAAACAGAAGAGUGCCAACGCCCCAUCUCUAAAGACUGUGUAGGGAUGGUGAUGAAAAGAGAGCACGGAGAUGAACGCAAGAACAUAGAAACAGAUCUCCACCAAGGAGAGCAACUGCUUCAACGUCUGCAACUUCUCCAGCAGCAACAGGACGUACAAGAAAAAGGAGAUGAGGAAAAAGGUGUGUCUGAGAGGAAAGUGGAUGAUUUCACAGCAAGAGAAGUGAAUCUGACUGAUGGGAUCAGGAGGAGGGAGGUGACAUUUCACACUGUUACGGAUGAGGAAGCAAAGUUGAACCUGGUGGAAACAGAAACGUCUGGACAUCCAGAGGACCAGAUAAUUACCAGAGCAGAGGAUGAUGAUGAUAACUCGGAUGAUGAUCAGCAGAUUGCUGAUUGCUCUCCUAUGAAUCUGCAUGAAACCGCACAAAUCCCUAAUCUGUUUGCCCAACACCGAUAUUCAACAGCUGAAACCUCGAUGGAGAGACAGAUCCAAGAGGCAAACCAGGCAAAGCAAAACCUGCAGAGAGCCGGGGGUAUGUUCAAUCUUGCAGAUAAUCCAGAUGUGCUGGAGAUUCCCUUCAAGACCAAUAUCUCACUUGAGCCUCUCACCUGUCAGGUUGACCAGCCCGCACACAGUGAUGUCAGUCAGUUCUCUGAGCAGAAGAUGAAGAAGGAGAUACGCCAGGAGAUCCAGAGAGAACUGGUGCUGGUGAACCAGGGAAAGAUCCCAGGAUUGUACAGCAAAGAGGAAGUCCGCCAGUUACAGGAGACAAAACUGCUGUUUGAGGCUUUCCAGCAGGAUAACACAGAGGGGCCAGCGAGGCACAGGAAACUUGCGACCACGCUGGUAAAAAGCCAUGUUUAUCCGUCCGUGCUGGAGCGCACACAUAGUCUGGAGAUGUUCUGUCUUCAAAGUUGCCCGGUUACCACAGCACAUUCCCUCGGGCUGUUUGAAUCUGCCCCCUCUGAGGGGGAGAAAAGUCCCGAACACCUAAGGUCAAAGAGCCCGACUGGAGGCUCACGAGACAAAACGCGCUUAUCCCCGUACCCAAAACAAGACAAACAUCCACGCAUGCACAGAAGCAUGGACUCCAUAAGCACUGAGGUCCCUACAUCAGCUGUGGAAGCUAGGAGCAAAACAAGGGAGGGCAACACAAGACGACAAUCUCCAACCCUCCAACAAAACCCCUUCUUCAAGUUGCGCCCGGCUCUAGUUCUGCAGCCGGAGGUAGAGAAGGACAUCCGAGAGGCCAGAGAGAGAGAGGAGGAGCUACGCAGACAGAGAUGCACUCUGUACGGAGAGGACAGGCAGAAUAGUCAAGAGGAAGACAAGUCACAGUUUGCAAAGAUGCAUCUACCAGAUGACAGACGACAGUCCAGGGGGAAAUUGGAACUGGUUUGGCCGCCGCCCUCCAAGAAAGACCAGUGGAAAUCUGAGCAGCCACAGGUGAUGUGUCAGCAGGAGUCAAAAGUUCACAGGGCAGGAGGUCAGAAGUCUCCACUGUGGCAGCGCUGGGAAUCCGGCCAAAUCAAUGGGCAGUCGUCAAAGAAAAAUAACUGACACCGACUCUCUAACCCCCCAUUGUCUUUAACACUACAUGUAACAUAAUUAUCUGCAACGUGACUGUAGAAACAUCCAUAUCACCAAUGUCAAAUAUGCUUUUUUUUAAAAAAUACUAGUAUUAUAUGGCAGAAACAAGGUAAAUAUGAUGCUCUUUAGCAGAAAAUAAAAGUUAUUUCCAUCUUU